UAGGCUGCUCUGCGGCCGCGGUGGAGACUCCGCCGCUCACGCUGCCCGCCGCGACUCCAGCGGCGGCGCCGUUCCCGGGCCGCGCUGCUCCCCGACGCACGGCUCGGGCGGCUCCCGGUGCGGUGCGGCUAUCCCGGCGUCCGGGUCCCCGUGGGUCCGCGGCUCACGUCCGGGGCUGCGGGGCACGCAGGUGGGCCGGCGGCCGCCGGGAGAUAGGCCCCCGGGGGCAGCUGCGGACCAUGGCGCGGAGACCUGGCGCGCCCGCUGCCUACGGGGAGGAGUUCUCCUUCGUCAGUCCGCUGGUGAAAUACCUGCUCUUUUUCUUCAACAUGCUCUUCUGGGUCAUUUCCAUGGUCAUGGUGGCUGUGGGUGUCUAUGCCAGGCUGAUGAAGCACGCAGAAGCAGCCUUGGCUUGUCUGGCAGUGGACCCCGCCAUCCUGCUGAUCGUGGUGGGUGUCCUUAUGUUCCUCCUCACCUUCUGUGGCUGUAUCGGAUCCCUUCGCGAGAACAUCUGCCUUCUGCAGACGUUCUCCCUCUGCCUCACCAUCGUGUUCCUGCUGCAGCUGGCUGCCGGCAUCCUGGGCUUCGUCUUCUCAGACAAGGCUCGGGGGAAAGUGAGUGAAUUAAUCAACAAUGCUAUUGUGCAUUAUCGAGACGACCUGGACCUGCAGAACCUCAUUGACUUUGGCCAGAAGAAGUUCAGCUGCUGCGGAGGGAUUUCCUACAGAGACUGGUCUCAGAAUAUGUACUUUAACUGCUCGGAGGACAACCCCAGCCGUGAGCGUUGCUCGGUGCCUUAUUCCUGUUGCUUGCCCACCCCCAAUCAGGCAGUGAUCAACACUAUGUGUGGCCAAGGUAUGCAGGCUCUUGACUACUUGGAAGCCAGUAAAGUCAUCUACACUAACGGCUGUAUUGACAAGUUGGUCAACUGGAUACACAGCAACCUGUUCCUACUUGGCGGUGUGGCACUAGGCCUGGCCAUCCCUCAGCUGGUGGGAAUCCUGCUGUCCCAGGUCCUCGUGAAUCAAAUAAAAGAUCAGAUCAAACUGCAGCUCUACAACCAACAGCACCGGGCUGACCCGUGGUACUGAGAAGCCUCCCCGUGCCGCCUGGCCGUGGUGAUGGGCAAGCCUCAUGGACCAACAGCAGAGGGUACUGAGAACGGUACCCUAUGGAGAUUUGGAUUUCAGACCCCCAGCAAUGAGGGCCCAGUGGAAAGAAGCAAACUCCAGAAGACAGGGCACAAGAUGGCUCAGGUCUCAGAAGGACCUGCCUCACAUCCCCCAUCCUAGCCUCAGCAUUGUUAGAGAACUAUUUUGUCCUGUUUCUAACCUUGAACAUUUGGGUUUGUGUUUUCAAGUUUUGUCUGGUCAACGGUGUGUGGGAAGCAGCGGUGGUACCGACAGCUGUAGGGGUACUAGCUGCGUAGCUUCCCGAGGCACAACAGACAGCCCUGUUAGGGCUGCUCUGGACUAGGUGGACAUACUUGGAGUUUGCUGCCAGGGCGACCUGGCUGUGGAGACCAGACACUAGCAGCCCUGCCUGGAGUCCAGUUGGCAUAACCCCAGCUCCGGAGGGGAAGGGAGUGGAGCAGGCAGAGGAGAGUGAGCCUGGGGGUUGCAUGGGGACAGUUGGGUAUAUGGGGGUAGAAGUGGAAGGGGAUAUGUUUACCAAAUGCUUGCCCUGCCACCCUCCCAGGUACUCAGAGUGAGCUACAUCCUGCCCCUCCUUCAUUUCCAUGGAAACAUGGCAGCAAGGGCAAGGGGUACAACAGCAGCCAAAUUCAUCCCCACCCCCUUCGCAAAAGAGUUUGGAACCGUGGUCCCUAUAUUCUGCAGUCGGCAGAAGCCGGCCUAAGCCAUACAUGCCCUUGAAUUCCUCUCUGUCUGGCCCUCCCUCUCCAGCAAGUGGGGUUUUCUUUAACUUGGCAGAAGAGUGGCAACACCCUCCACCCUCAUCUCCCAGCACCAGAACUCGGUGUUUCUACAGUGGAAGAAUCAGGAAUCUGGCAGAAAUGGCAAUAAAAGUUUGUUGACCUGG